AUGAACCGGUCAGCGCGUCAGGAGAGCCCCGCUUGGAGCCCCUGCAGGAGGCAGGAGCACCGAGGCGGCCAGUCACACAGCCUGGAUGCUGCUCAGCACCGACUGGGGUCCAGGACCAGGGACAGCCGCGCGGGGUCCGGCCCCACGCACCACAAAACAGCCCGCAGCAAGCGGCACCUGGAGGGGGUCCUGAAGAAAUACACGAACCUGUUCCAGGGCUGGCAGAGCAGAUAUUUUGUCCUGGACCCAGAACUGGGUCAGCUCCAGUAUUAUCUAAAUGAACUGAGUAAAAGCCAGCGACCUCCCCGAGGGUCUCUGCCUCUCCUUGGAGCGAUGGUGGUCUCCAGUGAUGAGUUUCCCUUCAUGUUCACUUUUCAGUCCACCACUGGUGAUUCCUACAAACUGAGAGCACUGGACGCCAAGGAGCAAGAGUUAUGGAUGACUCAGCUACAGCUGUGUUCCCGACGCCACUCUGACAGCAAUGCUGAGACCAGCAGCCCGGACUCCCUAGAUCACAACGACGAGAACACAGACUCAGAGGACAAUGAGGAGGAGGACCUGGGAGUCCUGGACGACCAGCGAAGCAUCAUCAUUCACCUGCUGUCCCAGCUCAAACUGGGCAUGGACCUGACACGGGUGGUUCUCCCCACGUUCAUCCUGGAGAAGCGUUCCCUACUAGAGAUGUACGCCAACUUCAUGGCUCACCCCGACAUGUUCCUGUCCAUCACCUCCGGCUGCACGCCAGAGGAGCGGAUCAUUCGCUUUGUGGAGUACUACCUGACUGCCUUUCAUGAGGGCCGGAAGGGUGCUGUGGCCAAGAAGCCCUAUAACCCCAUCCUGGGAGAGAACUUCCACUGCUCCUGGUACGUGCCCCGGGACCGCGUUCGACCUCUCAGGACUACCAACUGCUCUGGUCCCAACUCAGCACCCACAGACACAUCAAACCCUCCCAGGUCCUCACAGCUGGGGGUGGACGGCAGCAGAAGGAACUCGGACUGCUAUUGUGUUCGCUUUGUGGCAGAGCAGGUGUCCCACCACCCACCGGUAUCAGGCUUCUACUGUGAGUGCAAGGAGAAGGGAAUGUGUGUCAACACCCACAUCUGGACCAAGAGCAAGUUCAUGGGCAUGUCCGUUGGAGUCUCUAUGGUCGGAGAAGGUGUGCUGUAUUUGCUGGAGCACGACGAGGAGUAUGUGUUCACUCUGCCCUGUGCCUACGCCCGCUCCAUCCUGACCGUGCCGUGGGUGGAGCUCGGGGGAAAGGUCACCAUCAACUGUGCCAAGAGUGGGUACUCUGCCACCGUCACCUUCCACACCAAACCCUUCUACGGAGGAAAAGUACACAGAGUGACAGCAGAGGUGAAACACACACACACAGGAAACAUAGUGUGUAAGGCACAGGGAGAGUGGAACGGCGUCCUGGAGUUCACCUACAACAACGGAGAGAACAAGGUGAUCGACACGUCCAGGCUGCCUGUCGUCAAGAAGAAGAUCCGGCCCCUGGAGAAGCAGGACCAGUACGAGUCGCGGCGUCUCUGGCAGCACGUUACAGCAUCUCUGAAGUCUGGGAACAUGGACGCAGCCACAGAGCACAAACACUGCCUGGAGGAGAGGCAGCGCAGCGAGGGCAAACAGAGAGCGGCCGCCAGAGUCCCCUGGAAACCCAAAUACUUUAUGAAAGAGCAUGAGCGCAAUGCAUGA